AUGAGGGAGUGUCCGUCGAAGGGUGGUGUAGGCAUUGUCCAGCCUACAGGGUCCGUAGUUGGUUCUUCUUCAUCAGUGCGCCCUUCAGGGCAAGUUCCUCAGACAUCAGCGAGACGUGAUAGAGGAAGAAGUGGAACAUCUAGCUUGAGUGGGCCUCAACACCGUGUUUAUACAUUAGCCGGUAGACAGGAUCGUGAGUCGUCUCCUGACGUAGUCAUAGGUAUAUUAUCAGUUUCCUCCUAUGAUGCAUACGUACUGAUUGAUCCAGGCCGAGAUGAAAAUGCCAACCAAGCAAAAAUACCAUCGUCUCACUCUUCUCAGAGACAAGAAUUUGAUGUAAAUGAUCUAAAGGCUGACCCAGCCGAAAGAACUCCAAUUUUCUAUUAUCAUCCAAACAUUCGUGAUGAGAAAGAUAUUGUGAGUGCUUGUAAGAUUGAAACAAUUGAGGCUAUAAUAGAGGACUUAAAUGGUGACUACUUUGCUCUAUUGGUUGAUGAAUCUAAAGAUGUGUCAUGCAAAGAGCAAAUGGCUAUUUGUUUUCGAUAUGCUGAUAAAAGGGGAUUUGUGAUGGAGGCAUUUAUUGGACUUGUUCAUGUUAAAGAUACUAGUGCGUUAUCUCUAAAGAAAGCAAUUGUGGAUGUACUCACUCACCAUUCUUUUACUUUAUCUUAUGUACGGGGGCAAUGUUAUGAUGGGGCAAGCAAUAUGCAAGGUGAGCUUGGUGGUCUUAAAACGUUGAUCAAACAAGAAAGUAGAUCGGCUCAUUCCGUUCGUUGUUUUGCUCAUCAACUUCAACUAACUCUUGUUGCGGUUUCUAAAAAGUGUGUUCAGGUGGGAGAACUUGUACUCUUGGUUUCAAAUGUUUUGAAUGUGUUGGGAGCUUCUUUUAAAUGUGUGGAUGGAUUUCGAGAAUCUCAAAAACAAAAACUCCGGGAAGCAUUAGAUAUGGGUGAGCUAGAAACGGGUAGAGGCCUGAAUCAAGAACUUGGCCUUAUUAAAGUCGGUGAUACUAAUUGGGGAUCUCACUACAAGUCGUUUGGAAACUUUAUUACUAACUUUGCCUCUAUUGUUGAUGUCCUUGAUGCUCUUGUUGUAAAUGCAAGUACUCUGGAUGAAAGAGCUAGUGCAUCGGGAUUUCUAAGAAGUUGUCAAACAUUUGAGACUGUUUUCUUGUUGCAUUUGAUGACUGAUGUUUUAGGAAUCACAUAUGAUCUUAAUGUGUCAUUACAGAAAAAGGAACAAGAUAUUGCAAAUGCCAUGAUUCUUGUUAAGGUUUGCAAGAGAAGGUUGCAAGCUUUAAGAGAUAAUGAAUGGGAUCCUCUCUUAGAAAAGCAUUCUGGAUGGGAUUCACUUAAAGAAAAGGUAGAAACUUUUUGUAUCAAGCAUAAAAUUUCAUUGCCUAAUUAUGAUGAUCCAUAUACUAACUCUGGAAGAUCACGACGUAAAGUAGUUGAUUAUACUACUUUGCAUCAUUACCGUGUGGAUUUGUUUUAUAAAAUUAUUGAUUGGCAGUUACAAGAACUCAAUGAGCGUUUCAAUGAGGUGACUAGUGAUUUGCUUAAUGGAGUAGCUUGCUUGAAUCCAAUUGAUUCAUUUUCUAGUUUUGACAUAAAAAAGAUAGUGAGAAUGGCUGAAUUAUAUCCUGAUGACUUUGAUGGAUUUAGCAUGAGGACCCUUGAGAAUCAACUUGCUAAUUACAUUAUUAACGUUCGUGAUAUUGACAAAAGGUUCUCCAAUUUAGGUGGACUUGGGGAAUUUUCAAGAAAUUUGCUUUCCUUCUACCAGUCGCCACUGCAACAAUUGAAAGAGCUUUUUCGGCGAUGA